CGGCCAUUUCGAUCGGCGAGUAAUGAAGGCUUGUUUUCGAAGGGGGCGGUAGGGAAUACCGAAUAUGGCGAGGAGGAGGAGGAGGCAAACGCUCGUUCUGUUCUUUCUCUGCAUAACUGUUGUCGCGCCGCUGGCUGUCUACACUGAUCGGCUCGCCACCACGCCUACUUUUGUCGCAAUUGAUCAUCUCGAUGAUGAGAUCCCUUUCCAGGAGUCUCUUGGUGCUGUCAAAGAACCAGCUUGGCCAAUUUUCCCUAAAAAAUUGAGUGAUUCAAAUCAGAUCCAUGCUCACUCUGGCAAUGAUGCCCCAGUAUCUGGGGCAAGAGAAAUAUAUUUGAGCAAUGCUGGUGACCGUCCAAAUAGAGUCUUAUCCGAAGAUAUCAAGGGAACUAGAUUAGAAGCAGAAAGUCGAAUUAAGCAAGUGACUAAUGAAGAGGGAAAGCAUGCCGGCUUGCAGGAAGGUGAAACCAAAGGAGAGGAAAUGCCGACAAGAUUCCAUAAAACUAUAUCUAAGACACUGUCUGUCAAUCAGGAUCUUCAUAAUCCAGAAAUGAGUUCUAAAGUUGAUUCAAGUGGUUUAUCUCUUGCAAAAGUUCAGCAAUUCAAGGACCAGCUAAUAAGAGCAAAGGUCUAUCUUAGCCUUUCGCCUUCCAGAACUUAUCCUGAAUUCAUCAGGGAGCUUCGAGCACGGGUGAGGGAAGUUGAACACACACUUGGAGAUGCAACUAAUGACACUGAACUGCCAAAAGGUGCCCAUGAGAAACUGAAGAUGAUGGAACAAACUUUGGCAAAAGGCAGGCAAAUUCAUAAUGACUGCUCUUCUGUGAUAAAAAAGCUUCGAGCUUUUUAUCAAUCUGCAGAGGACCAAUUGAGAGCUCAGAAAAAACAGGAAUUGUUCCUGACACAAGUUGCUGCAAAAACCCUUCCUAGAGGUCUCCACUGUCUUCCUUUGCAUCUCACCACAGCAUAUCAUUCACUUGACUCAAACAAACAGCAGUUCCCUCACCAAGAAAAGCUUGAAGAUCCCAAACUCUUUCAUUAUGCACUUUUUUCUGACAAUGUACUAGCGACUGCAGCAGUUGUUAACUCUACAAUAUUAAAUGCUAAGUACCCUGAAAACCAUGUAUUCCAUAUUGUUACUGAUAGGCUCAACUAUGCAGCAAUGAAGAUGUGGUUUUUAGCAAAUCCACCAGGGAAAGCGGCAAUUCAGGUUCAGAAUGUUGAUGAAUUUACAUGGCUGAACUCAAGCUAUAGUCCGGUUCUAAAGCAGCUUGGAUCUCAGUCUAUGAUAGAUUACUACUUCAAGUCCCACCUUGCUAAGUCUGAUGGGAACUUGAAGUUUAGAAAUCCAAAGUAUCUAUCUAUCCUAAACCAUCUGCGAUUUUAUCUACCAGAGAUCUUCCCCAAGCUCAGCAAAGUUGUCUUCCUGGAUGAUGAUGUCAUUGUGCAGAAAGACCUUUCCUCUCUGUGGGCUAUUGAUCUCAAGGAAAAAGUUAAUGGUGCAGCUGAGACCUGUGGUGAAAAUUUCCAUCGGUUUGAUAGGUAUCUCAACUUUUCUAAUCCUCUCAUUGCCAAAAAUUUUGACCCACGUGCUUGUGGCUGGGCAUAUGGAAUGAAUGUGUUUGAUUUGAUUGAAUGGAGGAAGCAAAACAUCACGGAGAUCUAUCAUCAUUGGCAAAAAUUGAAUGAAGACAGACUAUUGUGGAAGUUGGGUACUCUUCCACCAGGCUUAAUAACAUUUUGGAAGCGCACGUACCCUCUUGAUCGUUCAUGGCAUGUUCUAGGGCUUGGGUAUAGUCUAAAUGUGAGCCAGAAAGAUAUUGCAGGUGCAGCUGUGAUACACUACAAUGGAAACAUGAAGCCUUGGCUUGAAAUAGGCAUCGGGAAGUACCGUAAUUACUGGUCUAAAUAUGUGAACUACGACCAAGUUUAUUUGAGAGACUGCAACAUUAAUCCUUAGGAGCCAUCUGGCACUGCUCCAGCUGAUUCAUUUUUUGAGUUACGGUUCUUUUGGGCCAUGCAUAUUCUCUUAUUUUCUUUCUUUGUUUUCAGUUUAAGUAAAAACAUUAUGCUUAGAUACGUUCUUUGUGCUCUGGUUUCACAAAAGCAACUUGGGCCUUUGUCUUAGGGUUUUCUUGAUACAGGCAGCAUAUAUAGAUAAUUGGGCAUUCCCCUUCAAUAGGUUUUGAAGUAUGUAUGUUGCAUUCGCAAUUUUAACUUUAAAAGGACCUUGAGUAAAUAUAUUUUCUUAGAUAGUGAAGGUAAUAA